AUGAAGAUAACUAGUCAAAUAGUUAUAUCAAUCCACUUCGCAAUAGUGUCGCCCGUGUACACCUCUACGGAAGGUUCGAAGCAAACACUCAACCUAUCAUACGGAGAGCAGCUGACUUAUAUUGGUCACACCACCUACGAGGGCAUCUCGCAACCUACGCGUAUGCUUAUGAACCUUCAGCUCCAGACCAGUAGAGGCCAGUAUUUCGUGGCCUCUCCAAUUGGUAUUAGCGUUCCGGGGGUUGUUCACAGCAGUGCCAAUGUCUAUAGUGGAUUUUUGGUUGGCAUUGUUGGGAGAGCAAACCGCGAUGGCGUGCACCGCCUGGGGAUUUGUGUGCUUCAGGAGAUCCGGGAGGUGCAUAUUGACAUGGAGUACCUGUCACUUCCAGAAGGUGGAAUCUCUGAUGUCGCUGUCAACAAUUAUACUCAUGAUAACAGAGAGGGCAAGCGCGAUGGGAGUAUCGUUGUUGACGAUACAGAAUCCAUCACCAAUUCUGCGACCACUCAGAAGACUUGGGCUGAGUCACUAGGUGUCGGCGUCACUGUGUCUGGAAAGGUCUUUGGGAUGGGAGCAGAAGGAAGCACUGAGUACACAGUUGGCAACGAGACCAUGGAAUCAACCUCGUACUCGCGCACCCGAGAAACCCAUGUGGGAAUGACAGUUGGCGUCCCUGCAGGCAAAAAGUACUGGGUUGAAGUCCUCUACUACAAAGGGACUUUCCGUGUUUCGUUCAGACCAAAGUAUUCUUUUGAGCUGAAGAAUGGAGUCAAAGUGAACUGGCCCUGGGACGAAGAACAACCGAUCUCCGGUGUUGCAUGGGGAAAUCUGUUUCUGAAAGUACACGACAUGACUAAUACACCUGACGAAAAGGUUCCACCUCCUCUUCCGUCCCCCCGAAAGACGUUCCUGGUGACGAGGGCAAUGAAAAGGUCAAGAAAUGAGCAAACUGUGUUAGCACUCUACGGGACGCUAGAGCCUUUUAUACAACUAUAA